AUGGAGAAUGGCAGUAAAAAUGAAAAUUGCGUUGGCUCUCAGAAAGGCUAUGAGAGCAAUGACGCAAAUGCGACGGCAGGGCUACGCAUAUACACUUCUUUUCAAUGCGAGCGCUACGUUCCGGAGGAUAUUGUCUUUCAAAAGACGACGAUGCUGAAAAUCAAGAUGAUACCUACCAUCAUGAACGUGAUGGACGGUCUGAUGGAAGUAUUGCAAUUUCCUCUUGUUCAAGUAACUCAAAAAGAAAUUUCUCGUAACUGUCAUCACGCCCUACUGCUUGGCAACUCUCACAGUGGGAUUUAUGAGGUCCACCCACGUGAUGGCCUUGGAUCACUCAAAGUCUACUGUGACAUGAAAACGGACGGUGGAGGAUGGACUGUAUUUCAAAGAAGAAGAGAUGGAUCGGAAAUUUUUAUAGCACUUGGCUUGAGUAUCAACAAGAUUGAUGUUACUCUCAGAAUUGACAUGAUGGCGCCAGACAACAGCAAAGCGUACGCAAAGUACGACGAUUUUAGUACUGGAAAUGCAAAAUCCAAGUAUGUGAUCUACUUUGGACGAUACAGUGGAACAGCAUGUGAUGCAAUAAAGAUUCACAAAGAAAUGAAAUUUUCUACCCAUGACCAAGACAACGACACGUGCAGCUGGAGAACGUCCGUGCCGAAUGGCGGGGGUGUUUCUGGUAAUGCUACAUGUGGCAACACCAAUUCAUGUUUCUGUUAUAUCCGUCAAUAUGACUUCCUCUUACUAAACAAUGCCGGCUCUAGCUUACACUAUCCACUUCCAGUGACAUUGAAGAGCACAACUGCUAGAUUGUUAAGUGCUCUCUGCUUUCUUUGUUUCGUCGCAUUCGAUACUUGCCUUUCGGUCAACAAGAAUAGAGAACAUCAGCAGAAAGCAAAGCGUACUACUCGGCAAUCUGAUCUGACUACCUUAUGUCCGACGACUGACAACGAAAUUCCACGAAACUGUCAUCAUGCUCUCCAACUUGGCAACUCCCAUAGUGGUGUCUAUGAAAUCGACCCACGUGAUGGCCACGAUUCACUCAAGGUCUACUGUGACAUGAAGACGGACGGUGGAGAAUGGACUGUAAUACAAAGAAGAAAAGACGGAUCAGAAAAUUUUUAUCGCACUUGGACUGAAUAUGAAGAAGGUUUUGGAGAGCUGUACGGCGAGUUCUGGCUUGGACUUGACAAAAUCCAUCGUUUGGCAGUUGACGUUACUCUGCGAAUUGAUAUGAUGGCACCCGAUAGAAGUAAGGCAUAUGCUAGAUACGAAGACUUUACUAUUGGAAACUCGAUUUCCAAGUACGUUAUGUACAUUGGACGAUACCAUGGAACAGCAGGUGACGCGCUAUCGAUUCACAAUGGAAUGAAGUUUACAACCAAAGACCAAGACAAUGACCAGAGCAGCAGGAACUGUGCCCAAUCGUUCUCAGGAGCUUGGUGGUACACAAAGUGUCAUAGCAGCAACUUGAACGGCGUCUACGCAUACGGAAAUUCAAGCAACAAUCUAGUUGUCUGGCGAGGUUUCAAAUACCCGCAGUCUUUGCAAAAAGUAGAAAUGAAACUGAAAUGAACAAGAUCUGAAAAAGAUACAUUCAGUAGACGUUACCUUGCAUGGUUAGAAAAUCUUGACGAAAGAAUGUUGUUCAACUUGGCGCCUAGUGUUUUCAUAUUGCGUUGGUACGAAAAUGCUACCUACUAGAAAUGGUUCACAAAUUGAUGUGUUGGAAAUAA